CAGUAGCGCCGCGCUGCGUGGGUAAAUGAGCUGAGUUAAAAUGGCAGCCUGGCUCGGAGUGGAUUAUAAACACAUCGAUUUGAUUGAUUGUUGAGCUGAGGGUCGUGGCGGUGGUGAAGUGGAGAGUUUGGAGAGAGGAGUUCGGCUAAACGAGAGCAGAGAGACUGCGGGAUGGCCAGUGAUGCUGAGGAGAUCUGCACCUCAGAUCCGGUGGAUCAGGAGAUGCAGGAGAGUUCCAAGUCCACUGAGGAGAGUGUAGAGGCAGAGAAAACUAAUGGUGGUCAUAUUGAGUCCUUGGCCCUGAAUGAAGAAGAAAAAGAAGAAGAGAAAGAAAAAGAAGGAGAAGAAUCUGUUCAUGAGUCAGUUUGUCCACAAACAGCAGAACCAGUGUCUGAUAUAUCCUGCCAGCAGGAUGAUGAGUCUGGAUGUGAGGUUGCUGUUCUGCAAAAAGAAGUGGAGAGGCUGCAGAGGGAGCUAAAGGAAUGUCAAAGUGAACUGCAGAAAGUGCAGAAGCAGCUCAGCCAUAGCGUGAGACUCCAGAAAAGCACAGAGAGCUACAACCAGGACCUGAGACAGCAGGUUGAGAAGCUGAGUGUGGAGCUUCACGAACGGAAGAAGAAGGAGAAGAACCGAGUUGAAGCUGAGACUCAGACUGAGGAAUACACCUGGACAGAAACAGAUUAUUAUAACUAUUAUUAUGGCGGCUACUAUCAGAGCACAACAGAGGGAACAGCAGAAGCAGAUCCGACCGUCUCCACUGAUACGCAAGAAACCACUGAACAACCGGAUUCGUGUCCAAUGGCAACAGAGAUGACAGCAGUCAGUGAGCAGCCGUCAGAAGAAAUGAGUGUUGUGACCGGUGCUGAGGUAACAGAGGCGGGUGGUGAGGGCAGCUCGUCCAUAGCAGACAUGCUGAGAGCUACAGCGGAAGAGGCUCUGAACCAAACGGGCUUCGUGUUUGAUGAGAACUCGGGAAUGUACUACGACCAUGCCACGGGCUUUUACUAUGACUCGACCAACCAGCUGUAUUACGACGCCAACACAGGCAUGUACUACUACUACGACACAGAGAGCGGGAAAUACCAGUUCCACUCCAGAAUUGAGCUUCCCACAGCACAGCCCACAGAUCAGCCAGUUCAGACCAGCAGCGGCAGCCAGGAAAAAAUCAGCAAGAAGAAGAGCAAGAGGACCACAGAGAAACCAGCUCGCCUAGACAACAAGGACCAGACAGAUGCAGGGGAGGGGCCAGAGGAGAAGUGUCGAGAGGAGCUCAGUGAGGAAAGGAAGGAAGAGCCGAGGAGAAAGGAACGGCGCUCUCGCUCACGGAGCAAGAAAAGAUCCUCUCGCUCAAACGGAUCUGGCCGACGUGAAAACAGGAGGCGGAGACGAAACAGGUCACGUUCUGAUGACAGGCGGGACAAGAAGAAGAAGAAGAAGAAGAGGUCUAGUAAGAGUAAGAAGGCACGUCCAUCUGAUACGAGUGGUGAGAGUGAGCCGGAGGAAGGAGAGAUAACUGGAUCAGAGGGAGAAAAUAAGCGUCCAUCAUCCUCAUCAUCAUCGUCCUCCUCUCGGUCUGAGUCUCUAGCAGCAUCUCCAUCAGCAGAGAGUCCAGAAAGAGAAACCCAGACUCAGGAAGAAGCCUGGCCUCCGUGUGUGAGGGUGACUGUUGUCCGCUCUCCUGUCCUGCAGCCAGGAACCCUCUUUAUCCUUACAGCUGAUGCUGCGGCGACUAUCGGCCGAGAGAAGGACAUGAACCAUGCCAUCAGGAUUCCAGAGAUGGGAGUGAGCAAGUCGCAUGCGGAGGUGUUCUUCGAUCAGGAUCAGCAGUGCUACAUGCUGGUAGACCAGGGCAGUCAGAAUGGCACGGUCAUCAAUGGCAACAGAAUACUACAGCCGAAGGUGCGAUGUGAUCCGUGCGCUUUGACCCACGGUGAUGAGGUGAAGCUCGGGGAGACGGUUUUGUCCUUCCACAUCCACUCAGGCACCGACACCUGUGACGGCUGUGAACCAGGGCAGGUCCGAGCUCACCUGAACCGGCACCGCCAAGAGGAGAGCACAGUUUGUGUGUUGAGUAAGGAGGAAAAAGAAGUGCAGAGACAAAAAGAGCUCAAACAAAUCAAGAUUAAGUAUGGCCUUAAAAGUAGUGAGUAUGAGGAGAGCGGGGUGAUAAGGAACAGUAAAUACAAGGACCGAGCAGAGACCCGGAGACAGACGGUGGGCAGUGAGGGAACCUUCUUCAGAGAUGACGCUCCAGCAUCUCUGCACGUAGCGAUCAACGAGGAGAAUAAGGGCCGGCAGAUGUUGGAGAAGAUGGGAUGGAAGAGUGGAGAAGGAUUGGGCAAGGACGGAGCUGGCAUCACAGAGCCUAUUGGGCUGCAGAUGCGUCAGGCACAGUCUGGUCUGGGUUCUACUGCUGCUCUCACGAUGGAGGAGGCAUCUGCGGGCAAGAGUAAGAAACAGCAGAACUGGGAGCGAGCGAGAGAACGGUUCUCCCAGACAGAACCUAAAGCCUCCACACCGAAGCCACCACAGACCUGGGUCAAAGGUCAGCCUGCAGACUGACCAAAAUGCGGACCUAAAGGUCAGAAGCUAACCCAAAAAAAUACACUGGACCUGUCUGUGUUUGACUGGUCCUGAAACAUUAUUGGCUCUAGAGAAAGGACCUGCUCUUAGAGAGCCAGUGGUUCCAUGAGUUUUAUUCAUGGGUCCAGAGUAAAAGAGAAGAGACUGAAUUGUGCACAUGUAUUGUACAUCUGAAGUUGAAAAAGAGAUGCACUGAUUGAUGAACUGAUUGAAUACAUUUUCAAUAUUUUCAUAAUAAAAUUGGAGUAAACAACAAUAA